AUGAAGGAUAACGCGGAAAGUGCAUUGAAUGAUAUGUACAGUGAAGAAAUGGUACAUCAGAGGAAUCAGCAUCGGAAGUUAUGUACAACGAAAUUAAGUAUAGUACACGAGGGGAGGGGGACGCUAUGUACAUGCAAGUUAUGGUACAAGAUGUCAUCGUGUUAGGAAUAAACCCAUGCAGAAGAACCUCCCUGGUGUGAAGCGGUAUUGGUGACAGCGUGUCAUGCAGUUCGAACACAACGAACUUGCAUUACGGUUACAUUGUCGCAGAACAGGGACAGUGUUAUAUCGAUUUCAUGCCGAGGAUACAACGGGGGAAUUGAGAAUGGGCAAUAGCCCACCACGCAGAUUGGGGUGGCAGGGAGGGUUCCCAAGUGUCGUGGAAAUAGCAAUCAGAGGCAAAGUCAUUAUAACAACGAACUUAGACAUCGACAUCGAUGUGGUGAACGGAGUUCAAGGGCAGAUAGUUGGAAUAUGGGCUGAUCCUUGGGAAGACUCAGACACGACGGGUGCGGUGCAAGAAAUGAAAUACCCACCGAGUUGCGCUCUAUUGAAAUUAGAGUGAUAUCGAAGUUCGGAAAUAGAAGAGCUGGGAGAGUCAACGAUUCCAGUCUUUCCCAUCCAACGAACAUUCGAGGUAAACAUGCGCAA